AUCUUCUUCAAUCGAACAUACUUCCCUUAAUUUCCAAUAAAACAGAGAAUAAAUUAAUUGGUUUUCGAUUUUCUCCUGUUAGAAUCUGAUUGUUGUAAGCUCGCUUUCUCCGCCGGCGACUUUUGGAUUAAAUUUGAUUCUUCACGAUUAAGAUUGAAUUCGCCAUUAGGUGGAGCAUCAUUUUCAUCAUCCUCAUCUUUUAAGAAGUCCUGUGUUUUGGCGACAAAGCCUAUGGAUUCCGGUCAAAGCCGCGUAGAAGAACCCUACCGGACCAAGUCUUUUAGUCGGGAGAGCAGUGUAGCCUCUUCUCUAAGCCUAUCACGUAGUUUGCCUCACCUGAUUGACAAUGACGUCGAUAGUGAGAGUGUCUCAGAGGCUGGGGAUAUUGGGGAUCGCUCACUUCGGAGAAGGCAUAGUGCUGGUAGAAGCAGUCGUUUGUCUGCCGAUGAUUUGAUGGAACAAGGGACUCAUGAUACUUCUCGUCAAGAACAAGAUGUAUUACAUGAUCUUCGAGCUUUCAACACAGCUUCUGUAAAUAAACCUUUGCCUGAGGAUAUAACAGCAUCUCCUUUACCGACCAAGUCACUCUUGUCACCUGACCCGGAAAAGGAGGAAGAGCGUGUGUUACCAAAGUCCUUGGAAUACAUAUCAUGCCUAAUUCAUUUGGCUGUUUUUGGGAUUUUUGGGGCCAUUACGAGAUAUUUGCUGCAGAAAUUGUUUGGACCAACUGGUGCUCGAGUAACAAGUGAUGGAAGCAUCUUGUACCUUGAUCUUCCCUCCAACAUGGUAGGAUCAUUCUUGAUGGGUUGGUUUGGCGUCGUAUUCAAAGCAGAUAUAGCAAGAGUUUCUGAAUUUGUGGCGAUAGGAUUAUCGACUGGUUAUUUGGGGAGCCUGACAACAUUCAGCGGUUGGAACCAGAAAAUGCUGGAUCUUAGUGCUGAUGGUCAAUGGGUAUAUGCCGUGCUUGGCUUUCUUUUAGGAUUGUUUCUCACGUCAUACUCCAUAAUUCUGGGAGUGGAAACGGCCAAAGGGUUUAAAUGGCUUCUUCAUAGAAGAGCUUCUUCUGAGGAAAAAAACUCUUGUAUCAAGGUUAAUACCUUCCAGAGCCAUAUUGUGUCUAUGACCCUGAUGCUUCUGUUGCUUGUGGCUUUACUCACUGCGAGUUCCAUUCUGCUUGUGAAAGAGUUUGACAAAGGAACAAGCGAGGCUCAACUAUGGUUAGGUUGCUUAGUUGCAGCCCCUGGUGUCUGGCUCAGAUGGUUCUUAGCCCGACUCAAUGGACGUGGACUGGGAAAAGAUGGACAAAACUUGAGGUGGGUCCCAUUUGGCACCCUCAUUGCAAAUGUAGCUGCAGCUUGCGUUAUGGCAGCAUUGGCCACUAUAAAGAAAUCGGUAAACACGAGAACUUGUAACACGGUUGCUUCGAGCAUACAGUUUGGUCUGUUGGGAUGUCUGAGCACAGUUUCGACCUUCAUGGCUGAGUUCAAUGCGAUGAGAGAAAGUGAUUACCCAUGGAGAGCCUAUGCGUAUGCAUCUUUCACCAUUGCGGUUUCUUUUGCGAUUGGGACUGUUAUAUACUCAGUCCCUGUCUGGGUAGUAGGAUUCAGUUAGUUGUAUCAAAACUGGAUAAGUCUUGUGUAGAUGAUGUAAAGAUACAUAUUUGUAACAUUUGGUAGAGAUGAACAAAUUAUAUACGUUGUG